UGAUCAGUUUCCCUCCACCCUCGGUUUUCUUCACACACUUCACGAUCACGACACUAAAACAUGCCGGCGGGACACGGUCAGAGGGCGCGGACUAGGGAUCUCUUCGCUAGGCCCUUCAGGAAGAAGGGUCCAACCCAUCUUUCGACCUACCUUCGGAUCUACAAAAUCGGAGAUUAUGUUGAUGUCAAAGUUAACGGGUCCAUCCAUAAGGGCAUGCCCCAUAAAUUCUACCAUGGUCGUACGGGUCGGGUCUGGAAUGUAACCAAGCGUGCCAUCGGCGUUGAAGUCAAUAAGCAGGUCGGCAACAGAAUCAUCAAGAAGAGGAUACAUGUUCGUGUGGAACAUGUUCAGCCAUCACGAUGCCAUGAGGAGAUUCUUGAGAGGAUAAAAAAGAAUGAUCAGUUGAAGGCUGAAGCUAAGGCGCAAGGUAAAAUUAUUAGCACGAAGAGGCAGCCAGAAGGUCCCAAACCUGGUUUCAUGGUGGAAGGUGCCACUCUAGAAACUGUCACUCCGAUCCCAUAUGAUGUGGUCAAUGAUCUCAAGGGUGGUUACUAAGACCCUGGUGGUGGCUAGGAAUUUUCUGUUCUUUUGGCUUUUUGCUGGAAAUUGUUGAGUCAAACUCUCUCUCUCUUGCGUUACUUUUGUGAUGGACAAGGAGUUUGCAAUUGAUAUUUAGACCAAUUCUGGGGCAAAAUGAUAUCUGAUCUGAUCAAUGCUAGCAUUUGGCAUUAUCCUUUACUGAA